AUGGCCUUCCUGGAGUCUGGUUCGUCGGCCUACCUGUGCUACGUCGGGGAUGACUUGUAUCAUGAUCGGAUCAUCCUGAGCUGGGUGGCAGCGAGCGAGUAUGUAGUUGUUUCGCCUGACCUGGACAUUUUUAUCGAACAGAUCGACGCAGCCAAUGCCGACCUGCAAGGGUUACGGCUGGGCAGUGCGGAUGGUCGCCUUCCCUUCGGGAUGGGCGGCAUGCAGGUCUACCGCUUCCAGGUGCGACCUGCCGGCGCUGACCUGACGCAGCCCCUUGCCGAGGGCGAGCGCCACGCGCAGGUCGAGCGGGCGUCACGCGGGUUGGCCGCGCCGCCUGGAGCCGCGGCCCGUGCUGGCCCGGGGGGGGUGGCCCCGGUGGCUGUCCCGACGCCACUGCCCGUGGCGGUGCCGCCCGCCCCUGGCGUGGCCGCGGCGCCGCCCCCACCCCGCCUGGCGGGGCCCGCAGGGGCGUGGGUGCUGGACGAGCCCGUGGACACCUUCGUGCUCGGGCAAGAGGUGCCGCUGCCGCCGACGGCGCUAGACGUGGGGGGCCGGGCCUUCGUGACCGUGAACGGGGAGAUCGUGUCGCUCUCCAGGGUCGCGCCAGGCACGGACCUCGCCGCCUGGGGCCUGAGUCGCCAGCAGGUGCUGCUGAAGGGCGACCCGAGCCUGCUGCCACGGCCGUGCUCUCCGACUCCCGUCGCCUUUGCCACAGACGCUGCCCUGGUCGUGCGGGAUCCCAGUGUGCCGCUGCGGACCAAGGGCCCUGGGACACUGCAGGACUCGGUGAAUGAGAUGUAUCUGCGCUCGCUCGGGGGUUUCACCGUCGCCCACGAUCGGUGGCUGAUGGAGUCGAGAGUGCCUGCAGGAUUGCGGUCGGGCCACGAACAUCGAGUCCUGUGCCGUGCCCUCACCUUCGCGAUGGAGUCGGACGGGCUCAACAUCGCGAACCUAUCGUGCUGCGAGUUUCUUAACCGACGGCGUAUGUUGCUCGAGACGGCCCAUCGGGCUGAUCCUGAGAAGCCCGCGUUCGAGGACUCGCACAUCUACAUGGGCGAGGACGAGGAGGGCACGGGUGUCACAGUGACGCCCGCGCUUCGGGCGCACGUGGCGGCCGAGAUGUCGAAGGAGUAUGCGAUCGAGAAGGAGAAGAGGAAGGCUCGAGAGGCCAAGGCGGAGGCAAAGUCGGCGGCGGCCCGGAAGAAGAACAUGUGGGCCCGCGACCUCUCGGUGGACCGCAUGAACUUUUUCCUCUACCCUCCGUCGGGCGUCGGGGCGUCCAGGACGGCCCGCCGCCGCAGCACGUAUCGCCGGCUGGCCCUAGACGAUGCAAAUGACAUGGUGACCGCGCUCAAUGCCCUCUACGGCUGCGAGCGCGACGCGCUGCGGCUCAGCUUCUGGGACCUCGUACCGAUUAUGGAGGUGAUGGCUGUGCAGUGCAACCAUGUGACCCUGAACGGCUUGGACACCGCGAGGGUGCUGGACGUGGAGGCUCGGAAGGUGCUGACCAGCUUCGAAGACCUCAUCCUCGCGAGCCCCGAUGUCGUCUCCGAGCGUAGGGGGCGCACUCCCUCGCGUCCCUACUUUGACGUCGCACUGCGGGCUGACAAGAAGGCCUAUGUGGAUUUCCUCCGGCGCCUGAUGGAUCGACGACUACUUGGAGUGGCGCCGGAGUCGCUGAGUCUUGUGACCCCCUUCUUCGUGGCCAAGAAGAAUGGGAAGCAGAGGCUCGUGCUGGACUGCCGGCUCACCAAUAUCCUCUUCGCCCACGCCCCCACCGUCGAGAUCGGGAGCUCCGAGGCGAUGAGCGCGAUCGAGCUGGAGCCCGGCCAGGAGUUGUACGCUGCCUCGGCGGACAUCGAGGCCUGUUUCUACCAGUGCGGCGGCGUCGGGAGGCUGAGUAGCUAUUUCUGCUUGCCCUCGGUGCCUGUCGAGGUGGCCCUCGAGCUCGGCCUGGCCGUGGACGCGCGCGGCCAGGAGUUCACUGGGCGGGAGAGGGUCCACCCGUGCAUUGUUGUGCUCCCCAUGGGCUGGAGCUGGAGCUUCUGGUUGGUGCAGCGAAUCCACCUGGAGAUGCUGCGCCGCCCCGUGGAGCUGCCCUACUCAGACCACAUCAACGUGCUGGGGGUACGGGCUGAGGAGGUCACCGAGCUGAGGGAUCGUGUCGUGGCCCGUUUUUCCGAGGAGGGCUUCAGCAUGCACGAGAUCUCAGAUACCAGCGUACACUCGACCAUCCUGGGGGCCGACGUGGGGGGCCAUCCGCCCGUCACCAGGCGCACCGGGCAGAAGCUGUGGUUGCUCAGAGGUGCGCUGCAGUGGCUAGCGAGCGGCCCCAUCGUGACUGGCCGCCAGGUUGAAGUGGCAUGGAUUUUCUCCGCCGUUGCAGUGCUGCUGGGGAGCCAGCUUGACAGGCCAUGGUCGUCGACCGUGACGGCCACCGACGCCUCCACGACGGGGUUCGGACGUUCGAGGGCCUCUCUCUGGUGCAUGCUGGGCCCGCUGAGCGUGGCUGGGCGCGGCACCUUCGCGGAGGAGCCGCUGCGCAACUCGGACCGCCUGCCCGUGCCGACCUGGGGGCCGAGGCCCAAGAGGUGCCGCCUGGCGACCGCCGCUGUGGCCGAUGGGGCUGGCGCGCAGCUGCACGCUCGGCUGGCCAAGGCCCUGGAGCCCAACCGGAGCAGCCCCGCCUCGCCCAUGGCGCCCUCCAGGUGCGAGCUGGCCGCGGCGGCCGACGCGACGCGCGUCGGCUACAAGGCGUACUCCGAUGCGUUUCAGGUGUUCCUCGCCGAGGAGGGGGGGGUGCCGUCGACCAUCGAGGACAUGGAGGUUCGGGUGCUGCAGUUCCUCGACCUCAUGCUGGAGGCGGAGUGUACCCGGGCCGACGCGCCCAUCCUUGUCGCAGCGGUCAAGGGCGCCUACCCGUGGUGCACGGGCUCUCAGACGAUGCCGCGCGUGAGCCGUGGGUUUCGAGGCUACGCCAAGCGCCGACCCCCUGCAUCUCGCGCCCCCGUGCCUCGGGAACUCCUCGGCGCUGUCGUGUCCGAGGUGCUGGCGCGGGGGCAGAGGGACUGUGCACUCCAGGUGGCAUCGACCUUCUUCACCUACAUCCGCCCAGGAGCCCUUCGGAAGCUACAAGUACAGCAGCUGCUGGCCCCCUCGAGGGCCUCGGGACAGUUGCAGUGCUGGGGCCUGAUCCUCGCCCCGACCCAGAUGGAUGCGAGCAUGCCAGGCGAUCCGAGGGGCUCCCACCGAGAGCUCACCAAGACGGGCACCUCGGACGAGACCGUGAUCAUAGACCACCCAGUCUGGCUCGGCGAGUGCCUGGCGGCUCAUGUCCGGGGGAGGGCGCCGACCGACCUGAUCUUCCCCACCCCCGGCGCGUUCGUGGCGGCCCAGUUCGGAGUCGCAGCGAGGAGGCGCGGCCUCCCCCGGGUCUGCCUCUACCAGCUGCGACACGGGGGUGCGUCGGACGACGUCCUCCCAGGCUGGCGGGAUCGGAAGACCGUGAAGGCUCGGGGCCACUGGAGGACGGACUCGUCCCUGAACAUGUACGGGAAGCCCGGCGCCGUGCACCAGCUCCUCAAUGCCAUGACUCCUGCCUCGAGGGACUUCGGCCGCCAGAUGUUCGAGGUGAUGGGGUCGUUGUUCGAGCGGACCGUCGCCGCGGAGACCAUCCCCAAGU